AUGAUGUCAUUUUUGCAAAACUUUCGUUAUGACAUAGCGCAAGAUAUAAUAUCAAUGAUGGAAGAUUAUUGUGAUUUACAUUGUCAAUUUUCAAAACAAUUAAUAUCUUUUAAUGAUAAUUGGACAAAACGAAUAAAUCGUCAAAAUACAUUAUGUUCAUAUAAUACAACAAAACGUGCUCAACUUGAAACAGUUAAAAAUGCUAAAAAAUUAGCCGAUAUUGAAGAUAAACGUGUUCAAAAUAUUCGACAAAUUAUCGAUAAAUAUCGUAAAGUUAUCAAUGAUACAUACGUAACAAAUCGUUUAUCAUCUCAUCAACACCGUCGUACAAAAGAAUUUAAAAAACAAUUUAAAGAAGCUCAUAAAAUGUUAACUGAUUGUAAAACAAAAUUAGAUGAAUCAAAAGCUGAGUAUAAAAAAGCUUUAGAUGAUUUGAAAAAAGCUGAUAGUGUACACGAAAUUAUAUCAAGUAAUAUCACAACAACAGAAGUACAACGUAAACGUUCAAUUGAUAUGCAAACAAAACGACGUGGAAGUGUUAAUAAAAUAAAUGAACAAAUUCAAUUACAUGAAGACGAUUAUUCUAGAGCCCUAAAAACAUAUCGAAAAAAAGCAAAAUUAAUAUUUCAAGAAUGUCAAAAAGAAGAAAGUAAUCGCCUUGAUUUGAUUAAAGAAACAUUGUUAAAUUUUUGUCAAGCCAUUCAAAUAGAAGAUCAAAAUGAAUUAAAUAAAAUUUAUUUAGAUUUAGCUCAACAUAUUCAAAUAAAACAAAAUUCAUGGAAUGAUAUUUUAUAUUGGGCACAAUCUUAUGGAAUUAUCGAUCAAAAUCAAGAAUUAAUUCGAGAAGAUUUAGAAACAUCAAUUAAUAAUAAAACACCAAAAAUUAAAAAACAAUCUAGCGUCGUUGAAGAACCAUCAAAUACACAAAUAGCAACAUCCAUCUCAAGUCCAACUAUUACAAAAAAAUCAGAUAAAAAAGAAGAGUCAGGUGCGAAGAUGACAACAACGCAAGACAUGAAUGAAGAAGAAGAAGAUACAGCUAAAAGUAAAUCAAUCACAAAGAAAAAUAGUAAAACAACCAACAAUAAAAAAGCUACUGUAACAACAUCGGACACCGACUCGGCACCUACAACAACAGUAAACAUACUUGCGCCAAUGUAA